CAGCAGCCAAAUAUUGGCAUAGUGGCGCCGACUGACGCAGGGAUUGAUGUGGAUGACAGUGGUGACGACCUGGAUAGUAACCUAAUUGAUAAUGAGCUAGAAAUGCGACAAAAAAUGAAGCGUACAACGAUCACCGUUCGUAGCUAUCCUCCAGUCACCGAACCGACCCUGCUUAGCACAUUAAACAUCUUCACACCUCCGAAUGCUGAAUUUGAAAUAACUUUACCGCUCACAACUCCAGUUCAGCCUUUCACAACCGAUUAUCCAGUCACACCACCCGCCUCGCAUAUUGGCUUUGGGCCCCGAACAACAGUACCAUACCCCAAUUUUAAUCUACCCGGUUUACUGAUGCUUAGUCAAAAUCAGCAGCAACUUGAUUUUCAUUCACCUAAAAAUUCUGAUUUUCUGCAAUUAGCAAAAUUCCCGACCCCAGUGCCCCCGCCUGUACUACCUACUCUAGCACCAGUGGCAGUACCGUUGCUACCCGCUGCUCCGGAAACGUCCUUCACCGAUUUCACAAGUCAGCUGCAGAAUCCCGGGAUGGAAGCUGCACCAAGUGGUGCGCACUUUCGGAGGUCGGGCAGAACGGGUGGCGGUGCAAUUGGAGCAGCAACGGAACAUGCUCAGGAAUCGCUGGAUGAUAUGCUCGGCUGUGCCUGGGACAUUGUUACAAAUAGUUGUAAAGAUUUGUUUUCACUGAGGUUGUGCUCGCAGUGUCACGAUUUUGGCCAUAUAUUCCUGCAUAACUGUCGUUGCAUUGCAAAGUUCUCUGUGGUCAUUUGA